GCGGACCUCAGCUUACUUUACAUACACACAGAGCUCACAUGACUACACACACCCUGCCCACUCUCACUCGAACACUCACCCACUGAGACACGGAUACCUGUGACGCCAUGUCUUCUCCCAGCGCCUCCAAGAGGAAGACCAAGAAGAAGCACUUUGUGCAGCAGAAGGUGGAGGUGUUCAGAGCCGGGGAGCCCGUGCUGAGCGCCCUGAUGUGGGGAGUCAACCACUCGAUCAACGAGCUGAGUCAGGUGCCUGUGCCUGUCAUGCUGCUCCCUGACAACUUCAAGGCCAGCGCCAAAAUAAAAGUCAGCAACCACCUCUUCAACAAAGAGAAUCUACCCGGGCAAUUCAAAUUCAAGGAGUACUGUCCACAGGUGUUCAGAAACCUGCGAGAGCAUUUUGGCAUCGAGGACCAAGAUUACCGGGUGUCUCUGGCCCACAGUUCCCCCCUCAAAGACGAGGAGGGCCACAGCGUGGGCCGGCUGCUGACGUCGUGUGACCGCACCUUGGUGGUUAAAGAGAUCUCCAGUGAGGAGGUGGAGGAAAUGCACAACAUCCUCUCAGAGUAUCACCAGCACAUCGUCACCUGCCACGGGAGUACCCUGCUCCCUCAGUUCCUGGCCAUGUACAGAGUCACAGUGGAGAGCGAGGACACCUACCUGUUAGUCAUGAGGAACGUUUUCAGCCACAGACUGCAUGUGCACAGGAAGUACGACCUCAAGGGGUCACUGGUGUCUCGUGAGGCAAGCUUUAAAGAGAAGGUGAAAGAGCUGCCCACCUAUAAGGAUGUGGACUUCAGGAAUAAAAUGCAAAAAGUGUAUGUGGGUGAAGAGGAGAAAGAGAAGAUCAUGGACAAACUCAACAGAGACACUGAGUUUCUGGUGCAUAUGAGGAUGAUGGACUACAGCCUGCUGCUGGGCAUCCAUGAUGUAGAGCGAGCGGAGAGGGAGGAGGACGACGAGGAGGAGGAGGAUGAGGAGACAGGCCUUCCCUAUGAAGAGGAAGAGGAGGAUGAAAACGGCCUGGAUUCAUCUCAGGGCAUCGCUGGCUACAUGAACUCCUUCAAACCCAUGGGUGCUGGGGAGUUUGACCCUUAUGUGGAUGUGUAUGCUAUUCAGAGCACUGUAGGUGCACCCCAGAGAGAGGUGUAUUUUAUGGGCCUGAUUGACGUGCUGACACAGUACGACACCAGGAAGAAAGCCGCUCAUGCUGCCAAGGCUGUCAAACACGGGGCGGGAGCAGAAAUCUCCACGGUUCAUCCAGAGCAGUACGCCAAACGUUUCCGAGAGUUCAUCACCAAGAUCUUUGCCUAGUUCAAAGUGCACUCCUCGUUUAAUAAGAAGUCCCGUCAUACAAUAAGGGCACAGAGUCAGGUCAACAUCAAGCAGCAUUGAAAAUUCACCAUUAAAUGAUUUAUAUGCUCUUCUA